CUACGCUCGAUGGACAAGUAGAGACAUCGACAGGCUCGCUCUUCGCUUCGCUCGGAGAUUGCGAGACCAAGUCGAUCUGCGCGUGUGUCGCAAUUCCACCUCUACCAUUGCUACCACCGGCACCACCGGCACCACCGAUCCAGCCCAGCAUGUCGUUCAAGAAGGACGACGAAAGCGCCGCUGGCGUCGGGUCAUUCUGGCAGGAUAAGACGUCCGUCAUCCAAGAAGCCCGUGUCUUCAACGAGUCGCCCAUCUCACCUCGGAAAUGUCGUAUCCUGCUGACAAAGGUACUCUACCUGCUCUACAUGGGCGAGAGCUUCUCGCAGCAGGAAGCCACGACACUCUUCUUUGGCGCGACCAAACUGUUCCAGCACAGGGAUCCAGCACUCCGGCAGAUGGUCUAUCUGGCCAUCAAGGAGCUUAGUGCUCUGGCACAGGAUGUCAUCAUGGUCACGGCCUCAAUCAUGAAGGACAUGCAGCCAAAUGUCGAGGUCAUCUACCGCCCCAAUGCCAUCCGUGCCCUCUCCCGCGUGGUCGACCCUUCCAUGGCGCAAGGCCUGGAACGCUACUUCAAGUCAGCCAUUGUCGACCGCAACUGCAGCAUCUCGUCUGCAGCCAUUGUUUCGGCCUAUCAGCUACAAGUCGCCGCCAGGGAAGUGGUGCGGCGCUGGGGGAACGAGGCGCAGGAGGCGAUCAACCCCAAGAUGCCUGGCCCUGCGUCCACUUACUCCUCGGGAGGCGGCGGGUUAGGCAGCUACCUAGGAUUUGCAGCGAGCGCAGCCGGAUACAACAGCGGCCGUGAUUCUCCGAGCUCCGGCCAAGGCUCACAGAUCGUAGCCUCGACCAGCUUCAUCACCCAGUAUCACGCCCUCGGCCUCCUUUACCUCAUUCGCCAAGGUGACAGAAUGGCCGUGACCAAGAUGGUCCAGCAGUACGGCGCUGGCGGAUCAGCUGCGGCCGUUUUGCGCAAUCCGUACGCCAUCUGCAUGCUAGUCCGUUUCGCUGCGCGUGUGGCAGAGGAGGAUCCAAACCUGCGCAUGAUGAUGAUGGACAUGCUCGAGAACUGGCUGCGGCACAAGAGCGACAUGGUCAACUACGAGGCAGCCAAGGCUAUCUGUGAGAUGCGUGGUGUCAGCCCGAAAGAGCUGGUCAAGUCAAUCGCCGUAUUGCAGCUCUUCCUCUCCUCACCGCGCAGCGCACUCAAGUUCGCCGCCAUUCGCACCCUCGCAAAGCUUGCACAGUCGCAUCCGACAGCCGUGCAGACUUGCAACGUCGACAUGGAGAACCUCAUCACGGACACCAAUCGCAGCGUUGCCACGUACGCUAUUACAACGCUGCUCAAGACGGGAAACGAGGCUUCUGUCGACAGGUUGAUGAAGCAGAUCAGCGGCUUCAUGGCCGAGAUCAGCGACGAAUUCAAGGUCAUUGUCGUCGACGCUAUCCGCUCCCUUUGCCUCAAGUUCCCCAGCAAGCAGACCGUCAUGCUCAGCUUUCUCUCUGGCGUCCUCAGGGACGAAGGCGGCUACGAAUUUAAGCGUGCUGUCGUCGAAGCCAUCUUCGACAUGAUCAAGUUCAUUGGCGACUGCAAGGAGACGGCCCUCGCGCAUCUCUGCGAGUUCAUCGAAGACUGCGAAUUCACCAAGCUUAGCGUGCGCAUCUUGCAUCUCCUUGGGGUCGAAGGCCCAAGCAUGCCGGACCCGCAUAAGUACAUCCGCUACAUCUACAACCGCGUCAUCCUCGAGAACGCCAUCGUGCGCGCCGCAGCCGUCAGCAGUCUGGCCAAAUUCGGCCUGCAAGACAAGGCGCUGCGCGGGCGUAUCCAGAUCUUACUCGAGCGCUGCCUGGACGAUGUCGACGACGAGGUCAGAGACCGUGCCGUGAUGCAGCUCAAGAUGCUCAGGCAGAAUCGUCUCGCUGAGCGCCUGAUUGGGGAUGAAUCGAGCUACAAGCUUUCUGCCCUUGAGGCCCAGCUGCAAGCGUACGUCUCGGACCCAUCUGCCUCGGCGAAGGUCUUCGACGCCUCAGCUGUCCCAAAGAUCUCCAAGGAGGAGGCGAAGCAGGAAGCCUUGCGCGCGAAGAACGAGGCCACGGCUAAGGUCGCUAUGGCUGCGGAGCCCACUCGAGCCGGCAUCCGGGCCGGCGAAGCAUCCACCUCGGCCGCUGGCGCUGCCGCGAUGGCGAGUGUCUCUGCCACCGCCUCCAGCGACCCUUCGCGCUACGCAGACGAGCUCGCAGCGAUUCCCGAGUUCAAGGCCUACGGUCGCGUGCUCAAGAGCUCUAGCAAACCUAUCGAGCUCACCGAGCGCGAGACCGAAUACGUCGUUACAGCUGUCACACACGUCUUUGCCGAGCAUAUCGUCCUGCAGUACAACAUCAACAACACGCUGCCGGAUACAGUGCUGGAGAAUGUGCAGGUCAUUGUUACCGGCGCGGAAGAAGGCGGUCUACAGGAAGAUUUCAUCCUCCCUAGCCCUGCACUUUCUGCAGAGUCGCCAUCGGGUAUCGUCUACGUGUCCUUCACUCGCAAGAAUGGUUCUAAUGACUUCCCGCAAGUGCGCGUCAACAACACGCUCAAAUUCGUCACAAAGGAAGUCGACCCUACGAGCGGAGAACCAGAGGAUGAAGGCUACGACGACGAAUACCAGACUGCAGAGCUGAAGCUCGGCGUUUCAGAUUAUGUCACGGAAGCAUAUGCGGAUUGGAACCAAGAGUGGUCCGCUUUCGAGUCUUCCAGUGCGCCGAGCGCCAUCGAGACGUUCGCACUCACUUCGUUGGACAGCCUGAAGUCUGCGUGCGACACAUUGGUCGAACUCUUCGGCAUGCAGCCUCUCGGCGGCAGCGAGUCGCCAGCAUCAUCUUCCGUCCACACUCUCAUGCUAUCAGGCUUAGUCGCGCUACCCAAGAAGCCUGCUAAGGUGCUUGCGCGCUGUCGCAUGACGUUUGAGGAAGAGUCCGGUGUGACGAUGGAGCUGGCUGUCCGGGGAGAGGAGCAAAGUGCGGUAGAUCUGGUGAUUAGUGCGAUCGCAUGAAAUUGGGUCUUUACUACACUUUGAAACGGAAUCAAAUACGUUUUUUGCUCAGUGCCG